AUGGUGUGUAUGGCUGUGAUAUUUCUUCUUCCCACUAUUUUCACCUUAUCACCAAUUCAUUCCUACAAUCCUCCACUAUCGUUCAAUGACCUAUUAACUAGACCCAAUAUUAGCCAAGCAUACUACUCUGUCAAGCUCCAAGAACCUGAAACCCCUGAUAAUAACAGUCAAACGCUGACUAAUCUAUCGGAAAUGCUAUACGACUUGAGGAAGGAGGAAGCAAAUGAAAUAGCAUCAUUUACCGCAGUAAUUCAGGAGCAGAACAAGACCCUUAAACAGAUAAAUAAGAUAGCUACAGCAUAA